AAGUGUAUAUGUUUAUCUGUCCUGUUCAUGCAUAGUGAGAGUCCUAUUGCAGCUGGGAUGAGUGUCUCUCAGGAGAGAGAGGAGACUGCGGAUCACAGUGAGGCACUCCGACCAGAGUCUGCACUACACACCUGUGUGGCCCUCAGCAAGGACACUGGUGCUGUCCCACCGCCACCCUCUAAUGCAGGUGCCCAGACCCCCAGAGCUCCAUCUCCAGUGCCCAGCUGUGUGUCUCUAAAGAGUGACUGCUCCAAGGAUGAUAUGCCCAACUUCAGCAAUGAUCCAGUCUCACCACAUCCACGUCUUAUCCAGGAUCAGUCCAGCUGUGAGCAGGUACUGAGAGACCCAGCCAUCACCAGCUGUGAGAACCAGAGCAAGGUGAAACAAGAUGCAGAUAACCUGAGAAGAGUUAUAGAGAAUCAUAAAACCAGUCUGAAGAGGAGGUAUCAGAACAUAUCUGAAGGCACCAUCAAACCUGGAGCUGAGAUACUCCUCAAUGACAUCUACACCGAACUCUACAUCACGGAAGGGGAGAGUGAAGGGGUGAAUAAUGAACAUGAAGUUUGGCAGGUAGAGUUCACAUCUAGACAACAAACCACAGAAGAAGCACCAAUCAACUGCAAUGACAUCUUCAAGCCCUUACCUGGACAGGAGAGACACAUCAAAACUGUGAUGACCAAAGGUGUGGCUGGCAUAGGAAAAACAGUGUCAGUGCAGAAGUUCAUUCUUGACUGGACAGAAGGAAAAGCCAAUCAGAAUGUGGACUUCAUCUUCCCCCUUCCUUUCCGUGUACUGAAUUUGAUUAGAAAUGAUCAGUAUAGUCUUCAGAAGCUCCUGCUGAACUUCCACCCUGAACUGGAAAAAUUGGAGGAUGGUAACAAGUACAAAGAAUGUCAGAUCCUUUUCAUCUUUGAUGGUCUGGAUGAAAGUCGGUUGACUCUGGAUUUUGAACAAGAUAGGAACUGCUGUGAUGUACAACAGACAUCGUCAGUGGAUGUUUUGAUAUCGAGCCUCAUUCAGGGAACAUUGCUUCCUUCUGCACUCAUCUGGAUAACCUCAAGACCAGCAGCAGCCAAUCAAAUUCCUCAACAGUACAUCAACCAGGUGACAGAAGUGCGAGGGUUCAAUGACCCACAGAAGGAAGAGUACUUCAGGAAGAGAAUCAGUGAUGAGAGUCUGUCCAAGAGAAUAAUAUCCCACAUUAAAGCAUCAAGGAGUCUCUUCAUUAUGUGCUACAUUCCAGUCUUCUGUUGGAUUGCAGCCACUGUGCUCCAGCAGAUGCUAAAGAAGAAAAUCCCCAAAACUCUGACAGAGAUGUUCAUACACUUCCUGCUGAUCCAGACAGCAAGAAAAGGUGAAAAGUAUCACACUGAGAAGAAAGUACAUCAAGACGAUCUUCUGGAAUCUCAGACAGAAUUAAUUGUCAAGCUGGCAGAACUGGCCUUCAAGAAUUUGGAGAGCGGCAAUCUGAUGUUUUAUGACAAAGAUCUGCGAGAAUGCAACAUUGAUGUGAGUGAUGCCUCUGUGUACUCUGGCUUCUGCACAGAGAUUUUCAAAGAAGACUCUGUGUUUCAGCAGAAGGUCUAUUGCUUUGUGCAUCUCAGCAUUCAGGAGUUUCUGGCAGCUCUGUAUUCAUUUUACUCAUUUGUCACUGGGAACCAUGCAGUACUGAAGUCUAUUCUCAGUGAUGAUCAUAUAGAUAAUUCAAAGCCAUCAUCGUUUGUUACAUCACUUCAAUCAACACUAGGAUUGAAAAAUGAAGACCAUCUCCAUGUGUUGCUGAAGAAUGCAGUGGAUGCGGCUUUGAAGAGCCAGAAUGGGCACAUGGAUCUUUUCCUUCGCUUCCUCUGUGGAAUGUCUCUGGAGAGAAAUCAGGGACUUUUGAAAGGUUUGCUGACCCAGACACAGAGCAGUUCAAGCAGCAUUAAAGAAACAUCCGAGUACAUCAAGAAGCUGAAUGCCGACCUCUCUCCUGAAAGAUGCAUCAAUCUUUUCCACUGUAUGCUUGAAAUGAAUGAUGAAUCCAUGCACAAAGAAAUUCAGAAAUACAUGUCAUCUCCAAAGAAGCGUGAAAAACAGUUGUCCCCUGCUCACUGUUCAGCACUGGCCCACAUGCUUCUGAUGUCUGAGGAGGUGCUGGAUGAGUUUGACCUGAAGAGCUACAACACAUCGGAUGAGGGACGCAGGAGACUGCUCCCAGCUGUGAGGAGCUUCUGGAAGGCAAGACUUGUCCACUGUAAUCUCAUUGCCAAAUCCUGUGAGAUUGUUGCUUCAGUUCUACAGUCACCAAACUCCCUGGUGGAGUUGAACCUUAGUGGCAAUGCCCUGGGGGAUUCUGGAGUUGAGUUUCUCUCUAAAGGAUUGUCUAGUCCUCACUGCAGAUUACAGAUGCUAAGACUUGCUGACUGCAACUUCGUCAAAGAGACUUGUGAGAUUUUGGCUUCAAUUCUACAGUCACAGAAUGACCUGACAGAGCUGGACCUCAGUCUCAAUGUCUUUGGAGAAUUUGGAGUCCAACUCCUCUCUCAGGGACUGUCAAGUCCCCACUGCAAACUGCAGACAUUAAGACUCGCUGGCUGUAAAGUCACUGCCAACUCCUGUAAGAUUGUGGCAUCAGUUCUACACUCACCAAACACCAUGAGAGAGCUGUACCUGUUUGACAAUGAUUUGGGAGAUUCUGGAGUUCAGCACCUUUGUAAAGGAUUGUCAAGUCCCCACUGCACACUGCAGUCAUUAAGGCUUUCUGGGUGUCGCAUCUCAGAGAAGGGAUGCACAUUUUUGGAGACAGCUCUGACUUCAAACCCCUCCCACCUGGAAAAGCUGGACUUGAGCUACAAUCAUCCUGGAGAAUCAGGACUGAAGCGUUUAUCUGCUAGACUGAAGGAUCCUCACUACAAAUUGGAGACACUUAAUACUGACCACUGUUCAAGAAUCAGAUUGGCAGCAGAUAAGAAGAAAUAUGCCUGUGAUGUCACACUGGACCCAAACACAGCACACAGCAGGCUGUCUCUCUCUGAGGGGAACAGAAAGGUGACACAUGGGGGUAAUGUGCAGCAGCCGUAUCCUGACCACCGAGACAAAUUGGACUGCUAUCAGGUGUUGUGUAGAGAGGGCCUGUCUGGACGUUGCUACUGGGAGGUUGAGUGGAGUGGGGAUGAGACUGAUAUAGCUGUGGCCUAUAAAAGCACCAAGAGCAAAUGGGGUGAUGAUGUCAUAAUGGGACAGAAUGCCAAGUCCUGGAGACUCUCCUGUUCUACUGACAGGUACUCUGUCUGCCACAAUAAGAAACGCACUGCCAUACCUGCCCCCUCCUCCCGCUCCAGAAGAGUAGGAGUCUACCUGGACUGGCCAGCCGGCACUCUGUCCUUCUACAGCGUCUCCUCUGACACACUCACCCACCUGCACACGUUCCACUCCACAUUCACAGAGCCCCUCUAUCCUGGGUUUAUUGUUUUUCAUGGCUCAGUGUCCCUGUGCCAGGUCACAUGACCUCCUCAUG